AUGCUAUUAUUAUUAUUUGGAAGGGAUUUAUCGUUGGGUGUGGCAGACCAAUACGCCGAAAGGCGUCGGCUUCAUAAAGCUUGUCACUAUGAAGGGCGGGUGACACGAUCUCCAAGUUCGACACCAUCGUCCUCCCUCGACGCAGGGCUUCCCCUUGAAACGUUAAGUCGGGACCAUAUCAAAGAUGCUAUGGCUAAGAAACUCGCAUCGGCCCCAAGCGAUAUUUUUGUGACAUACAUCCAAUCCAUCCAUCCUUGGUUCCCUAUUCUCGCACAAACGUUACAGGAUCAGCUCCCGACAUCUUGGAACGAAGCUUCCCCGGAGUACACGCUCCUCGCCUUCUGCAUUAGUUUGCUUUGCACCUUCCCGUCCCCUGAAGACGGGCCUCUGUCUGGUCUUCAGUCCGCGUACCUACAUGUCAAGAGCUGGAUAGCAGUGAUCGAAGGACUCGGUAUCACCUCGCUCAAGAUCGUGGAAGCAAGGAUUUUGGUCGCUCUAUUCGAAGUUGCACAUGGCCUCUACCCGGCAGCUUACAUCUCUAUUGGGACUACUGCAAGAGCUGCCGAUGCACUUAAAAUUGAUUAUUACUUAUCUCCAUCAUCUUCAUCGUCUACUACUGAUGAGUCAGGGAGAGAGGAAGCCGUACUAAUCGGGUGGGCAAUCCGUAUUCUGGACAGAUAUAUAACAGUACAAUCUGGACAUCGUCCAUAUCUCAUUCUCUUUCUCGGCAAAGGUAUCCAUGAUCCCAACAAAAUUCCCUGGCCCACCGGCCUCGAGAAAGACACAAGGAGUCCCCUCUGGCAACUCUCCCGUAUCUUCGAAGCGUCCACACUUCUUGAUAACAUACAAAAUGUGUUACACAACCCCACUUCAGAACAAGCAUUCAACGUGGAAGAAGUAGGGCUUUUGGUGGAGACAUCAUCUAGCCUCUGCACGCUCCUAAUCGAGGAGGUCGAAGAUGCGGACCAGAUAUACUCCGGUGGGCUAGGACUUUGUCAUACUGGCCUACUCCUAGCCUACGAGAACGGUACCAAAGUUCAGAUUACCGAUGGACAAACUUCAACUUGCCAAUCACUUGCCACAUCAUCUCUAAAAUCCAUUCUCACCACUAUAACUAACACGGUGUAUCCCUUUGUCAGUGGUACGCAAGCCAUAGACUUUGAUCACCUUCCUCCAUUUAUCACAUUUCUUGUGUACAAAGCGGCGGGUCUAGUGACAGAGAGGAUGUGGAUGGAAACUGAUUCAAGUGAGGCAUUGAGAAAGUUACACAUUCUAAGAGGAUUCUUAAAAAUUGUGAGCGCAAGGUGGUUAUGUUGCGAGUAUUACCUUGGCCUUGUCAACGAGGAUACAGCGCCGCGAAUAUUAAAAUCUAUCGAGGGCAGGUAA